ACAACUCACAUGUGGCCUAGAAGGCGCUGUUGCGGUGCUAGCAACAACCGGGUAAUGUGGAGCUGACUUCCCUGCAAAAUCACCAUAUUAAUAAAGAUAUUGAACAGCUUCAGGCAUUUUGUUCAGAGCUAUACCUGAGCCGGCAUGCCUCCGAAGAAACCCGCCCCGCCCGGGGGUAAUAAAAAAACUCAGGAGAAGAAAAAGGAAAAGAUUAUUGAGGAUAAGACAUUUGGCUUAAAGAACAAAAAAGGGGCCAAGCAGCAGAAGUACAUCAAGAAUGUUACUCAGCAAGUCAAAUAUGGACAACAAAGUGCCAGACAGAUUGCCCAGGCUGAGGCAGAAAAGACCACCAAGAAGAAUGAUAAGAAGAAAGAGCUGGAUGAACUCAAUGAGCUUUUUAAACCUGUAGUUGCUGCUCAGAAAGUCAGCAAAGGUGUUGAUCCAAAGUCAGUGCUGUGUGCGUUCUUUAAGCAGGGUCAGUGUACUAAAGGAGACAAGUGCAAGUUCAGCCAUGAUCUAUCCAUGGAGAGGAAAUGUGAAAAGAGAAGCGUCUAUGUGGACGAAAGAGAUGAAGACCUGGAGAAAGACACUAUGGAGAACUGGGAUGAGAAGAAACUAGAGGAAGUCGUCAACAAAAAACACGGAGAAGCUGAGAAGAAGAAAGCCAAAACACAAAUCGUGUGUAAGUACUUCUUGGAGGCCAUAGAAAACAAUAAGUACGGCUGGUUCUGGGUGUGUCCCGCAGGGGGCGACAGUUGUAUGUACCGGCAUGCUCUGCCUCCCGGUUUUGUACUGAAAAAAGACAAAAAGAAGGAGGAGACAGAGGAAGAGAUCUCGUUGGAGGAACUUGUAGAGAGUGAGCGUGCAGCUCUGGGUGCAAAUGUCACUCGGAUAACUCUGGAGACUUUCCUGGCUUGGAAGAAAAGGAAAAGGCAGGAGAAGGUGGACAAAGCAAGGGAGGAACUGGAGAAGAAGAAGGCUGAUUUUAAGGCUGGCAAAUCUCUGGUGGUGAGCGGCCGUGAGGUGUUCGAAUUCCGCCCAGAGCUGGUUGACGACGACGACGAUGAAGCUGACGACACUAGAUACGCCGACGAAGAAGAAGAGGAGGAGGAAGAGGAACAGCUGAACGGAGCUUGUGGUGGCGCCGAGGCCAACGGGCUUUCAGAGGAAGAGGGCGGAGGGGAGGACGGAGGAGGGGAGGAUGAAGAGGAAGAGGAAGAGGAAGUACCGGUAGAUGAAAACCUGUUCACGGGAGAAGAUCUGGAGGAGCUCGAUGAAGAACUCAACACACUGGCGCUGGAAGACUGAUGAGGAGGGAGCAGGAGGUAGAAGUCAGAUGGACUAAGUGGCAAAGGGAUGGACUGAUGGAUGCAUGGAGCUAAACAUCAAAGAGACCAGACGUUUGAAUGAUUUUAAGUUUCAGAGACUCCAGUAAUAAAGCCUGAUUAUAUCUUGACAUCACUGCCUGUCUCUGCCCUCUCUGUUUUCACCGUACAUCAUUCUGUCCUCUGGGUGUCCAAAUUUCCACAGCAGGGCCAACUCCACGCAUCUCUGCUGAGGAGAACUUGGCUGUGGUUGCGCACUUUUUGCUGCUUGACAAACUUGAUGGCUUACACUGACAUUUGGUAAAUUAGGCUUCAAGUGUUUCUCGACUCUAUCAGUAAAAUAUUGAAUAUAUUGAUUUAAGGGAAGUGUAUCAGAUUUACAAUUAAAGAGCUAUACCUGUUAGACUGUAUUAUUAAACCAGACUUCAGUGGUGAAGAAGUUAUACAAGUGGAAGGUGAACACAACUCACCUGCUCUCAUGCCAAAAAGCUUUAGUUAGGAGAUGCACUUUCAUCAUUCAAGUAGAGAUUGUUUUCCCUUCAACAGAUCCAUUAUUUCAUUUAGCUGAGGUCACAGCUCUGCUGAAAAAAUCACUUAUUUUUAGUAAUUGUUUUUUUGAAGGAAAGGUCCAAACUGAGCUUCUUAAAUGUCAGCUCCCUGAUCUGAGACCAGAUUUGUUCCCAGUGCCAGCCUGGUAUUGUAAAUAAUGUUCUCAUGAGUUGCCUAAAAAUAAAAUAAAAUUACUGUA